AUGGCGAUCAAGCACAACCAGAUGCUGCCCAGCACCCAUUUCCGCAAGGAUUGGCAACGCCGUGUCCGCGUGCACUUCGACCAGCCCGGCAAGAAGAAGUCGCGCCGUAAUGCGCGCCAGGAGAAGGCUGCCAAGUUCGCUCCUCGUCCUGUCGACCGAUUGAGGCCUGUGGUACGCUGCCCGACUGUCAAGUACAACCGUCGUGUGCGCGCUGGCCGUGGUUUCUCGCUUGCUGAGCUCAAGGAAGCCGGCAUCCCCCGAAAGCUCGCGCCCACAAUCGGUAUCUCAGUCGACCCCCGCCGCCAGAACCUUUCUGAGGAGUCCCUCAAGGCCAACGUCGAGCGUCUAAAGGCCUACAAGGAGCGUCUCGUCGUCUUCCCACGCAAGAGCAAGGCACCCAAAGCCGGCGACUCCACCGCCGAGGAGGCCAGCGCCGCCAAACAGGCCGGCUACGAAGGCCACGUCAACAUGGUCAACAAGAACUUGCUGCCCAUCAGCAACAAGGUCGUUGUCAAGGAGGGCAAGGUCUCCGACUUCCAGAGCGAGGAGAAGGCAUACAGGAAGCUGCGUGACGCUAGGUCUGAGGCUCGUCUUGUUGGCAAGAGGGAGAAGCGGGCGAAGGCGAAGGCUGAUGAGGCUGAGAGUAGCAAGAAAUAG